AUGGACGUAGCAUCGGCCAAUUGGUUAUCAGAAGUACUGGAGGGAGAGGAAGACUACAGUAGUAUCUUCCAUCAUCAAUACGAGAUAAACUCUCUGAAUAAACUUGGCUUUGCCUCAGAUGAUCACAUAAUAGGAGACAAAUACAAACAAUCUUUCUCUUCUGAGAGCUAUUCUUCUUACUCUACAAUUACCACUAAGACUAAUGACCCUUCCAUCACCACAUCAAGUGGUUCAGAUUCCAUCAAAAACUCCCACGAAGCCUUGAACAAAAAACUCUCUUUGUCGUUUUCUUCGUCUCAGCUUCUUUCUUUCGAUCAAAAGCAGUUCUCAAAUCCACCACCUAAUAAUUCCAAUCUUCAUCAUCAUGAUCAGAAGGUAGUAUAUGGGAACCUUAGCAUGAGUAAUAAUACUACCUUAAGGCCCAAGAGAGAAGCAGUGUCCGAAAUAGAUAUGAACUUCUUCAAUAAAGAUUCGCUGAUUACUAAAAAGAAGGAUAAUUACUCAUCAUGUGAGCCAACAACCUUCAUCAAGGGGACUAAUAAAAGGCCUUACUCAAUGAUUAAAACUCCUUCACAUGCUCAAGACCAUAUCAUGGCUGAGAGAAAACGAAGAGAAAAGCUCACCCAGCGCUUCAUCGCUCUUUCCGCAAUUGUCCCUGGCUUAAAGAAGAUGGAUAAAGCAUCGGUUCUUGGAGAUGCUAUCAUGUAUGUGAAGCAACUACAAGAGCGGGUGAGUGUACUAGAGGAACAGACAAAGAGUAGAACCGUGGAAUCUGUGGUAUUUAAAAAGUCCCAAGUCUCAGCUGAUGACCAUAAUCAUCAGGGUAGCUCUUCAAGCGAUCAAAACUUUGAGGGUCGGUCUCAUCAUGAUCAAGAUGAUCAUAAUCAAACACUCCCUGAAGUCGAAGCAAGAGUUUCUGAGAAGGACGUGCUUAUCCGAAUCCACUGUGAGAAGCAGAAAGGAAUUGUGGUGAAAAUAUUGACCGAAAUCGAAAUUCUUGAUCAUCUUUCUGUGGUUAACACUAGUGUCUUGCCCUUUGGGAACUGCACUCUCGAUAUUACAAUACUUGCUCAGGUGGAGAAAGAGUUCAGCAUGACCAUGAAAGAUCUAGUUAAGAACCUAAGGAAGGCAUUAUUGAAAAUUAUGUGACGUAUAUAUAUAUAUAUAUAUGUAAAUAGCUGGCUGAUAAUUAAUAAUUAAGGAGCAACGUUUCACUUGUUGCAAGCCUGUACAUUAGAAAUAGUUAUAAGACUAGUACUUAAUUUCCAAGUGAAGCUAGCCAUGUUUAUUAACUAGUUAUAUGCAUUUUUAUUUUUCUCUAGACCACCAACUAUGUAUUAAGGAAUAUUAUUGUUGUCUUGCCGUGAAGCUAGCUAGCUCCUAUAUAUUUUUUGCUGGAGGGGUAGUUUUUUGUUGUGUUUUUGCGUGGUUAUUACUUGGUUAAUUGACCACGUUUUUUUAAUUACCCACCAGAUGUAAUAAGGAAAAUUAACUUCUUGGCUGACCAUAUGUAUGCACUGUUUUUUUUUUCACUCAUUAUAUAUGAAGUUUGAGUUUUCCUCUAGCUUAU